AUGAUACCAUUAAGCAAAUUAGGUAGAAGACUGACCACGAAAAUAUAAAGCUAUUUGCUACUUAAUUAUAUUCAUAAAUUGCAUAAUAUAUAAUCUAAAAAGGAAAAAUGUAAUUUCUAGCAUAAACCCACACAAAGUAUUCAAUUAUGUACAAGAUAUAAGUAACAAUCGCUUUUUUCCACUUAAGAAUUGUGUAAGUUCUUGCAAUAACUAGUCCUAAAUCGCUUAUAUUGUGCAAAAAGAGAACAUAAAGUCCUACAAUCAAAAAGUUAAACAUGUACGAGUAGAAGAGCAAAAUAAGAGCUAUUCCAUGAUGGAGCAGCCACUCAUAAUACUUUUAAUUUUGUAAAUUCCAAAUAUAAGCCUCAACGAAGAAGAAUAUGUGGUAACCAAUCUGCACUAGGUAGUAGUAUCGAAUAAGGAAAGGUGAUUCACUGA